UAACUCCAUCUGCCCCGUUGAGCUCUAGUUGACUGGGAGAACUCUAGGUUCGACUGGGAAGGUGUCAUCGUUCCUGUAUUUGACGCGAUUGUGUAAGGCACUCGACGCGGUUUUCUCUCCACCCUACUACACCCUCUCUUACGUCGCGGCCCGCGGGACUGUUAGUCAGACUCAGAGGGAAAGCACCUCGCGCGCUUUCUUAGUCGACUCACGAACAGACUCGAUAGAUUCGUAUGCGAUAAGUCGUCCCGCCAGGUGCUCGCUUCUCAGUAAGCGCGAUCCUUUUGAGAUUCCUGAAGACAAAUUUUGCUGUGAGCGAGCCUGCGCGUUUUGAGGCGCCUUAGUUCCCGAGCCAGCGCGUAUUAAAGCCCAAGCCAGCGCGUAUUAAAGCCCGCGUCUCAUAUUUCCUGAAGGCAGCAAAUGUCGGCGGCGCGUACGAGCGUCCACGAGACCGUAAUGCGACGUCUCGACAUAAAGGGGCUACUAACGCUCGCCUUAACUGCGUACUUCUUUUGCGCUGCGUGCCGCGCUGACACAGACUCCGCGUCGGCCACUCGUAGUACGACACGUGUAAAUAACGGCGGGAGAAGGCUCGCGACGACGGCCGCGAAUGGGGUAACCAGCUUGCAGCCGACGCAGGCGACAUUGUGUAACUUCUCCCGCGGCGGGCAGUGGCUUUCGCGAAACAAGGCUCCCUACGGCGCCGACUGCCCCUUCCUCAAGAAUGUCGGCCCGGUGAACUGCAUUAUCAAGCCCAGGAGCCGACCCCAGAAUUGGCUGAACUACCGUUUUCGGCCCAGGAACUGCGGGCAGCCAUGGUUUUCCUUCAGCCCCCUGGCUUUCCUCGAACGAAUGAGAAACAAGGUGUUUGCGUCGGCAGGCGACUCUCUCUCUGUCAGCAACCUUAUGCCGUCCCUGCUGUGCCAGCUACACAAAGUCUCUCCCGUUACGGAGAUUCUUAAUGACGGCACAUAUGCACGGCAGAGCCCGCUCACUAAAGUGUACCUAGUCAAAGCAUACAACGUCACCCUAAUCAACACGUGGAGCACGUUUCUUAACGAGUACUGGCAAGAUGAGGAGACUGUCAAGCAGUACAAUGGCGGUGCGGACUUAACAGAUGAGGAUUCGGUGGUUAAUCUCGAUGGGCUCGAUGCGCAGUGGGCGGCUUAUAUCGGGCAGUACGAUGUGCUUAUAUUGCAGACGCAGGCGCACUGGCAGGCCACCAAGUACAAGUGGCGCCGAUUCUGGGUGAACAGUACCGGGGAUCAAAUCUUCAACGAGUCGAGAUUCGUUGCUGCCUUUGAGUAUGGCAUGGCAGCGGUCAGAGAUCUCCUCGACCAACCAGAGGCGCCGAUAACUUAUUUCAUAUCUGCCCCGGCUCGGUUAGAUGGGUGCACGAAGUUGAAGGCACCAAACACAGAUGCUCAGGUUGCAACCAUUCGCAAAAGUAACCGCCAAUUUGUUGCGUGGUUACCAGUUCAGCAGAGGGCAUUCAAAGGCACACGGAUACGGUUGAUUGAUGUGACCACAUCGUCCCUCUAUAGGCCAGAUGCAUUCGUUGGGUCGGGUGGAGUGAAUAAGGAUUGCUUACAUUGGUGCCUUCCAGGCGUUCCGGAUUGGUGGGUCGCUAUGGUCAAUCACUUUUUGACCAAUGAGCCUGCGUUGGCUGUGUGAUCUGUAUGUUAUGGAAAUUCAGCCCUUUUUUUUUUUUUUUUUUUUAGAUAAGGGGAAAUUUAAAAUCAUUCUGUGCAUUAGAUAUCCAUGUGUUACUUUGUAUGCGAGUCGCACCCAAUUCGCCGAACGUGCUUCAGCAUCGCCGCGUCGUGCGCUCCGACAGCCCCGUGCACAAAUGUGCGACUUCGCCUCGCCAGCGAAAGAAGCUUGACUAUCGCAUCCGCGUCAACUUCGUCGGAUGUAGCGAAGCAGGCGAUCUCCUACACGACCCUUUUCUCGAUCGUCAUCGCUCGAGCUCACACCUUUCUAGUCGGCGUCGCUCCAAUUUUGUUAGGUUCCUCUCGUUAGGUUUUGCGUUACGCCCGCGUGUCUCGAAAUUAGCCCCUUCGCCUUUGCCCCUGCCUGCCCGCGUGUAUUGAGAUUAGAAAGCUUCUGAAACUCGCCCAGUAAUUUCCUCCAGAGCUAUCUAGGCGUGUUAUAGACGGUUUGAACUUUCGUAAACCGAGCUAUUAUGCGGCUUAUGACGCUCUGAGACCCGAGUGUUAGUAAUUUCGUUUUGAGUCGACUCGAAACGCUCUGAGACCGCCUGACAGCGUUAUCUCAAUCCCCCUGAUGGUGACUGCGGCGGUGCGCUUUUGAGUCGACUCAAAAGCAGACCCGUGUGUUAGUGAUUUCGUUUCGGGUCGACUUGAAACGCUCUGAGACCCUUUCAGCACUAGCUCAAUCUCAACCCCCUGAUGGUGACUGCGGCGGCGCGUCGACCGGCCCGUGUCAGCUCGUACUGCAUCACACUAGUUCUCCCCCGGAAGCUUGUUUCUCAUCGCCUUACCGCCUCCGCACUCCUUCUUCUGUCUCUUUUGGCAGUUUCUUUACCCGUUUCGAUUCAAACUGGCAUCGCUAGCAGGAGCAUCGUCGACGGAAACACCGCUAAUAGAACCACCGUUAAUGGUACUAGAUUCGUUGCGAGCGCCCAAAUCGCUAGCAGAUGGGGGGAAGGGGCCGUUCUAGAGGCGAAGGCGAGGGUGACUGAGCAGAAGGUGAUUACAGCGAGGUGUAACUUCUCCGUCGGUCGAUGGCUGCCCGUGACUCCGGGGAUGCAGUACCCGUACCGCGCCGACUGCCCAUUUCUCAAGGGCAUUGGCCCCGUGAGUUGCCUCGUCAACAAGCACAAGCGGCCUUUCUCCUGGCUGAGCUACCGCUGGCAGCCGUCAGGGUGUCGCACUCCUCUCUUCUUCCGCCCCAGACUUUUUCUAACGCUUAUGAGAAACAAAGUGUUUGCAUCAGCUGGCGACUCCCUCUCUUACUUCAACUUCGUUCCGUCCCUUCUGUGCCAGUUGCACCGCCUUUCCCCUGUUCGCCAGAUUCCAGUCCCGGCACGUCUUGCUCCCAGGACCAGCCUGGUCUACCACGUGCCCGAAUACAACGUGACUAUAGUGAACACAUGGAGCACUUUCCUUAAUCAGUAUUGGCAGGACAAGAAAACCCUCUCUUUAUACAACAAGGGCAGGGUAAUUACUCCGGAGGAUUCGGUGGUGAAUCUGGAGGGGGUGGAUUGGCGGUGGGGGCGGUACUUAGCUAAGUACGACGUGCUUCUACUGCAGUCUGCUGCGCACUGGCAGGCGAAACGCUCGAGGUGGCGGCGGUUCUUUACUGACAGACGAGGGCGAGUUGCUUAUAAGGAGUCACGCUACUUGCGCGCGUUCCAAGCCGGCAUGCAGAGUGUGAAGAAGCUGGUAGACCGGGCCAAUGACAGAGGGACACGUGGCAGCAGCAGCAGCGGUAACAGCAGUCGCAGGAGCAGGAGCAUCAACAGUGUUAGAGGCAACAGUAGCUUCGGCAGCAAGGGUGGUGGUGACAAGUGGCCUGUGGUGUUCUUCCUCUCUGCCCCUGCGAAGCAGAACGGUUGUUCUUUCGCUACCCAGCCACGCACAGAGGCAGAGGUUUCACUGUACCGUGACCAAAGCGUUCAGAUGACGAAGUGGCUGCCCCUGCAACGCAGCGUCUUUUCCCAAUCACACAUACGCCUUAUAGACAUCACCUCUGCUUCGUUAUACCGCCGGGACGCUUUCGUUGGGUCGGGCGGAAUUAACAAGGAUUGCAUACAUUGGUGCCUUCCGGGUGUUCCGGACUCUUGGGUCGCAAUGGUGCUUGGUGCCAUGCUUAGAGAGCGACGAUUGGUUGGAUCAAUAGGAAGAAUAGGAUUUCCAGGUGUAGGUGGUGGUUUAGGAGCGGGAAAGGGACCGCCUUACAGAGAGGACAGUACGGCCCGCAAUGAGGUGGUGAACUUGGAGAGGAAGAGAAAGAUCGGAACGGGGGUGCUUAAUCUCAUAGCAAGGAAAAGGGAGAAUCUGUUCUUCCACUUCCAUAAGCACAGACCAAAUUCAUAAUUUGCGUAGGGUUAUGUGAUGGUUUUCCAUCUGGCAUUCAUACCCUCGGAACU